AUGCCCUGGGGCCCCUGCGUCCUCAACACCACCCUCACUUUCUUCACCUCUGACAACGGGCCGUGGCUCGUGCGCGGCCUGGCCGGCGGCUCCGCGGGCCUGCUGCGCGACGGAAAGCAGACGACGUGGGAGGGCGGCGUGCGCGAGCCUGGACUCGUCUCGUGGCCCGGCACAAUCGAGGCGCGUGAUCUCGCACAAUCUCGGACCAUGGCUGGCCGCGUGAGCAGCGAGGUGGUCACUACGUACGACAUCUUUCCGACCAUCCUCCGCCUAGCUGGUGCGCCCCUUCCGUCGGACCGGCGCAUCGACGGGGCCGACAUGCUGCCGCUGCUCACCGGAGCCGCGGCGCGGUCGGCGCAUGAGUGCCUCUACUUUUGGAAGGGCGAGCCGGGAGGAGGGUGCCCAAAGGCGCACCCUGGCUGCCCGGGCCUGUGGGCGGUCCGCUGCGGCGCCUACAAGCUGCAUUGGGUCACAACUGACUCGGUCGGCCCGCGCCGGUUCGAGCCGCAGUUCCACUCGCCGCCGCUGCUCUUCCAACUCGAGCAAGACCCGAGCGAGGCGCACCCCAUCGACCCUGCUGCCGCCGAGUACGCCGCCGCCCGCGCCACGAUCGAGGCGGCCGCAAAGGCGCACCGCGAGAGCGUCACGCCGGUGCCGAACCAGAUCGGCCGCGGCGAGGAUGGCAAGCUGAAGCUCUGCUGCGACUGGGCGUCAAAGGAGAAGCACCCGGACCUGCCGCAGUGCACCUGCAACCCCGAGGCGUACCGCGCCUUUGUGUGCGCGCCCGUCGGCCCGGCGGGGGGAGCGCUCGCCGCCGUCUCUGCCGACGGCGCGGUCGUCCGCAUAGGGCUCCUGGAUCCGCGCGAUGCGGCGACUUGGCCAGCGAGUGCCGCGGCGGCGGCGCCGUUCUGGGAGGCGUGA